GUGGUGGGAUGCCAUGGUGGUGGGAAGCAGGAAGCUCUUUACAUGUGGGCUCUGCUUGUUGCUGUUGACCGUUGUGUCUUGCUGCUGUUGGAAGGUGGUGGAGGCAGAAGAAGGGAUGACUCAGGUAAUUUUCACCUGAAUGUAACAGCCUAGCUAAGCAUUCUACCCGGGAAUCUGUUUGUAAGGAGGUCAAAUGAGUUUUUUGUUUAAUACUGCGAAGGGGAAAGUUCACAUCACAGCUUGCAGGGGUUUAGCAUCCUUUCAGUGUAGUCUGCACACAUUGUGGCUCUUUUUCAUUUCUCUCCCUCAUGUCUACACAGCUGAUAUUUAACAAUUGACACAAAUUCGUGACAAAGUUCAGGUCUACUGGUACAGACAAUUCCACACACAGAGCCUGGAGCACCUUCACUUGAUCCAAACCUCCGCAGCCUCUUGUCUACGAAUUGGAGCACAGCAGGUUUCCAUAGCAAAGCUGCCAAAUUAUUUUCACAUCCUCUUCCAAGGUCCAUCAACAUGGCAGCAUCCAGAGUAAAAGCUGCUCACUGCAAAAAAGGUCGAGCUGGCCUGUAAGCGAGGUCACGUAACCGUAUUGAUGAGCUGCCCCGACACUCCAAAGAUGGUCUCUGUUUCUGAAAUUUCUCUGAAGAAUGUUAUGCCUUUUAAGACUCAUGUCUACAGGAAGACCUCUCAUGACAAAGCUGUUACAAUCUACAUAGGCAAGCGAGAUUUCAUUGACCAUGUAGAUGAGGUGGAACCUGUGGAUGGUGUGGUGUUGGUUGAUCCUGAUAUUGUAAAGGAGAAAAAAGUGUAUGUGACACUCACUUGUGCUUUUCGGUAUGGGCAAGAAGAUAUUGAUAUAAUGGGCCUGACUUUUCGGAAGGACCUAUAUUUUUGCAUGGUACAGGUAUACCCAUCGCUAGAAAAACAGAGACUGCUCUCCAGCUUGCAGGAAAGCCUAUUGAAUAAACUGGGUAAAAACGCACAUCCUUUUGUGUUAACAUUUCCAAACUAUCUACCUUGCUCAGUAUGCUUGCAGCCAGCUCCCAAGGAUGUCGAGAAGUGCUGUGGGGUGGAUUUUGAGGUCAAAGCGUUCUCAACAGAAAAUGUGGAAGAGAAGGUUCUCAAGAGGAACUCCGCACGCCUGCUGAUCCGCAAAGUCCAGUAUGCUCCAGAAGUGCCAGGACCCCAGCCUCACGCAGAGACCAGCUGGCAUUUUUUCCUGUCAAAGAAACCAUUGCACCUGAAGGCAUGCCUCAGCAAAGAGGUCUUUUACCACGGUGAGGCAAUCCCUGUUACGGUGACUGUGAUCAACAAUUCUGAUAAGGUGGUUAAGAAGAUCAGUGUGUCAGUGGAACAAGUUGCCAAUGUGGUACUGUACUCCAGUGAUUUCUACACCAAGACAGUAGCUCUGGAAGAGGCAGAGGAAAAGGUACAGCCCAACUGCAUCAUCUCAAAGACUAUAACAGUUCUGCCUUUGCUGUCAAACAAUCGAGUAAAACAAGGCAUAGCCCUGGAUGGGAAGCUAAAAGAUGAAGACACCAACUUGGCUUCUAGCACCAUUAUUAAAGAUGGGCUAGACAAGACAGUUCUGGGGAUCCUGGUUGCUUACAAGAUAAAGGUGAAGCUCACUGUCUCAGGUGAGGUGGCCAUGGAACUGCCCUUCCGUCUCAUGCACCCCAAGCGAGAGGAGGUAAACACAACAGGAAAAGAAAAUGACCAAGGUGACCUCAUGUUUGAGGAGUUCUCUCGCCAGCAGCUGAAAGAUGAGGAUGAGAAGGCGGAAUCACUAAAUGAUGAAUGACAGAAAAAGGAGGCUGAGCCAGCUAUGGAAGCCACACAAUUUGUGUCUAAUGGCAAACACAGAGGGAAGUAAUUCUAUUAAACAGCAGGAGGGUUUUAUUUUUUUAUGUCAGUUAACACUGGUCUCCCUCCCUUUUUUAGAAUAAAGAAAGAGAAUACUUGAGAUGAUUGUGGUGGUGGUUUUUAUUUAAAUCAGUUGCCUCGCUAUAAACAUCUAGUUGCAGUGGGAAGAGUGA